UAACAAAGUGUGUCAUAUACAUUUAUUAUAUUUUAAAAACUUAAAUCCUCAUCAAAUUCUUUUUUUACAAAAUAAUUGCCCGACUUUUAAUUCGUUAAAAAAUGAGUAAUUAAAAACGAUAGUAUAAGUAAAUUUUUUUUUACUUAAAAAAUUUAAGUUAAUUAACAAAAAUUAGUGAAUCUAUAUACAUAUAUUUAUAUGAAAAUGUUUUUACGAGCACUAAUUAUUUUGAUAUUAUCAAUAAUAACAUCAGCGGAAGUUAUUCAUUAUCAACCAGAAGCUGUACAUUUAUCUUACGGAGAAAAAAUAAAUGAUCUUGUGGUAACAUGGAGUACAAAAAAUGAUACAAAGGAAUCAAUAGUUGAGUAUGGAAUCGAUGGUUUCAUAACACGUUCAAAGGGUACGAGAAAUUUGUUUAUUGAUGGAGGGGAUAAGAGACGUCAACAGUAUAUACAUCGUGUUUAUUUGAAAGAUUUGAAACCUGGAAAAAAAUAUGUUUAUCACUGUGGAAGUGAGCUGGGAUGGUCUAAUGCAUUUUACGUGAGAAUACCACCGGACAGUGAAACAUGGAAACCCCAGAUCGUAAUAUUCGGCGAUAUGGGGAAUGAAAAUGCUCAGAGUUUAGCGCGAUUGCAGGAAGAUACUCAAAAAGGUUUAUAUGAUGCUGCUAUUCAUGUUGGAGAUUUUGCUUACGAUAUGAAUACUGAUGAUGCAAGAGUUGGUGAUGAGUUUAUGAGACAAAUCGAAAGUGUCGCUGCUUACUUACCUUAUAUGACUGUACCGGGUAAUCAUGAAGAAAAAUAUAAUUUUAGUAAUUACAGAGCGAGAUUUUCAAUGCCAGGUAAUUCAGAGGGCUUAUGGUACAGUUUUAAUAUGGGACCAGUACAUUUUAUCGCUAUCGAAACAGAAGCAUAUUAUUUCAUGAACUAUGGAAUCAAACAACUUGUCAAACAAUACGAAUGGCUUGAUAGCGAUCUUAAAGAAGCUAACAAACCCGAAAAUAGAGCAAAAAGACCAUGGAUUGUAACAUUUGGUCAUCGUCCAAUGUACUGUAGUAAUAAAAACGCAGAUGACUGCACAAAUCAUGAGUCAUUAGUACGCGUUGGGUUACCAUUUUUAAAUUGGUUUGGCUUAGAAAAAUUAUUUUACCAGCAUAAAGUCGAUCUUGAAAUUUGGGCGCAUGAGCAUAGUUAUGAACGUAUGUGGCCAAUGUACAAUUUUAAGGUUUAUAAUGGUAGUUAUCAACAGCCAUACAAAAAUUACAAAGCACCAGUACAUAUUGUAACAGGAUCUGCUGGUUGUAAAGAAGGCAGAGAAAAAUUUGUACCCAAACGGCCAUCUUGGUCAGCUUAUCGUAGCUCUGAUUAUGGAUACACAAGAAUGAAAGUAUUUAAUAAAACUCAUAUGUAUAUAGAGCAGAUUUCAGACGAUAAAAAUGGCGCUUUCAUCGACACUUUGUGGUUAAUAAAAGAUAAACCAUUACCAAAUUAUGAUGAUAAUUUAGUUUGAAUUAAAUAAAAUUAUAAUAAACCAAAGAUGAAAUUUUAACUGUAUAUUUACUAUGAUAAUUAAUAAUACUAUAUAAUAAUUGACAUAUCUUUCAAAUAAAUAAAUAAUAAAUUUAA